CUGCAAUGACAGUAACGUGUUAACCAGGCAAGUGCCCUAUGGAUUUUUGGGAGGCUGAAAUGGACAUCUGAAAGAAUGAGGCAAGGACGGCCAACUGGGAACAACAUGAGGAACAAAUUGCAGCUCCAGACAAUUCCCUUCUUCCUCUUACUUCAGUACACUACAUGUUGUGAAGAUCUCCUUUGUUCUGUGGACUACGUACAAACUCUGACGUGUGUCCAGAAAACUGACCUCAGUGAGACUUCGUAUAAUCUCACUGCAACUUGGCUCCUUGAAGAAGAGAUGAAAAUUCCUGAGCCCUUCUGCAAUCUCCAGCUGUCAUCCAGAACUGCUACUCACAUUCAGUACACAUGCUCCCUGGACCUGACGGAAUUCACUUCGGAUGACAAGUUCCGAGUGGAUGUAACAAAGCUAGCUGAUGGGCAAUACACAACUUCCAAAGCAUGCAGUGAAUUUCUCCUGAGCAAGAACAUUAAACCGUUCCCUCCAUUCAAUCUGACGGCCGUGUUUUCAGAUGGGUAUAACGUCUCUUGGAAAACCAUCUAUCAGAAUUCUCUCUUUUACUAUUUGGAUGAUGAGCUGGAAUAUGAGCUGCGGUAUAAGAAGAAGAGUGACACCUGGGAGAAUAAGAAGAGUAAAGUGAUCCCAGAGGACAAGCGAAGUGUGGUGCUCCUGCCACUGGAAUUCCAGAGGGACACAGACUAUGAGUUCCAGGUGCGAGCCAAGCCCCGGCCUGGCUCUGACUACGUGGGCGUUUGGAGCGAAUGGAGUUCCCCGCUAACCCUGAAAACUGAACCUGAGGAGAGCCCAGGAGUGCGAUGGCUGGUGUCACUGCUCGCCUUUGCUCUGGUCGCUGUCUCCGUCACCGUGUUUCUGACCAAACACCAGAGCAUAUGGAAAAAGCUGGGGGUUUUCAUCCCGGAUCCUGCUCCCUUUUUCAAACCACUUUACGUGGUACACAACGGAGAUUUCAAGAAAUGGGUUGGUGCAUCCUGUACCAAAGCAACACUGGAUUUCUUUGAAUGGGGGAUUGUCCUUCCAGAAGUUUUAGAAGUUUACGGCAAACACCUUUCCCACAGCACUGCUGCUGAGGAGCUGAAAGAACUCAAUAAAGAUCACCCUCGCAAGACUUGCGUGCCUUGCCUGGCCAUGCACGGUCAGGACAGACAGUCCUGUCUGUGCAGUUUGAAUAGUAGCAGUGGGAAACAGGACCAGUCAUAUGGUCAUCUCUCUAUUGACACAGUAACUGUGGCUGAUGAAUUUACACCUUGUUACUCACAAUGCAACUGUAACAAUGCUCACAGGGAUCAUGAGCAUCUGGAUGCUGAUGGAGAGGAUGGCUACCCCAAGGUUAAUCUGGACAGUGAUAUUUCCAGCAGUUUGCCUCUGGCUGCCCUGAGUGCACAAGAUAACAUAAUUUCCUCAGGCUCUGUGUCUAUGGAGCACUCAUGGAGGAGUGCAAGUCCCUUGGUGCAUCACCCAAUGGCAGAAGCCCUGGGAGGAGGGAUGGGGAGUAUUUUAGAGGCCCUUCGCCUGCAUCAUGAGCAGUGGGAUUUAGAAAGUCCAGCUUCUCUGCCUUCUCCAGAUGGUGAAAGUGUUUCCUAUAGCGAUGGCCCUUAUGACUUUUUCUCUCCUAAUACACGAACUGGUGAUGGUUACCCGGCAAUUUGCCUAGACUUAGACACCAUUGACAGUGGAUUUGUGGACUCAGAUUGUGGGAGUCCGAUCGAGUGUGAAUUUGAGAAAAGCGCUCAGACCAAUUCAGGCUGUAGUUCUGGAUCCAUCACACUUGAAAAUGAAGGAGAGGACUUCCCACGGAGUUACGUCAAACAGUGGGUCUCCUGUCGCUCUGCCACGCUGCUCAGUGGGACGCAGACAAACUAAGGGCUCGUGCUCCUUGCCAUUUCCAAGCCUGUGCACUAAUACAGGAGCCCAGAAAAACUAUGCAGCACAACAGGAACAGAACAAAAUUUG